AUGCCCACGCUCGCCCUGCAGCUCCAGGCGGACUUUGGCCAGGUCGUCGGCCUUGUUCCUGCCGACGGUGUCGAGGCUGCGCUGCUUUUGCCUAUCGAGUGCACGUCGUGCCACGAGGCGCACCCAAAUCCCGUCGCCCUAGAGCCGUCGAACCUGACGGACAUGCAGAAGAGCCGCGGCACGGCGAAUCUUGUCGUCCACUGCCCUAGCUGUCGCCGCGAAAACUCGGCAACAUUCGUGGUGCCCAGCUCGCGCAGCGAUGCGUCGCCAUGGACGCCCGCGGCCCCAGACGUAGACCACACGACGGGGUGGCACACGCUCUGCACCAUCGACUUUCGCGGUAUGAACCCGCUCGACCCCUCGAUCGACGCGCUGCUCCCCGAGUCGAACUCGUGGACGUGCAGUGGCGCCGAGAGCAGCACGCCUUUCACUGACGUGCAGUUUGACGACGGUGAGUGGCAUGACUACGACGACAAGGCCGGUGACGAAGUAAGCAUCACGGAUGUGCAAUUGCGCUGGCAAAAGGUCUAG